GAAGGACUGCGAAGACCCACUAUGCAUCCUGCCAAUCCCUAUCGUGUGCCCCCGGACUUCCUGCAGCUGUCCGAAGCGUACAAACCAUUGAGAGAAUGCUUGUUCAAGACCUCGUCGGGGGUGAGUAUCGACUUCAAGGACGAGAACUCGCAAAGGCAGACGUCUAACCGAAGCAUUGCUACAUCGCGAUUUCGGCCUUCGUCUACAUCUUCCACUUGAUAGGUUAUGUCCACCGGUUCCGAACAGGUUGAACUACGUCCUAUGGAUCCGAGAUAUAGUUUAUGCUACCUACAUGGCAAAUAUGGAAAUCUCAAGUACUGAUCCAAGCAGGACGCUCUGCCUAUCCCAAAUUCAAGGAAUAGACGUUGGUACUGGAGCGUCAGUCAUAUACCCGCUGCUCGCCUCUUUGAAGUCGCCGGAGUGGCAUAUCAUCGCAACGGAUGUCGAUGAAACCUCGCUGCGCUAUGCAAGGCAAAACGUCCAAUCUAACGGGCUGGACGACCGAAUACGUAUUGUCGAGUCCAAGACAGGCGGCCCCAUCCUUUCACACCUCUUCACUGACGAUGUGACAUCGGACCAAUGCGACUUCGUUCUGUGCAAUCCACCUUUCUACGCCUCGGAGGAGGAGAUCGCGUCCGCCGCUCUGACGAAGGAAGAGGGACCGCGUGCCGUGUGCACCGGCGGAGAAAACGAGAUGAUCACGCCGGGCGGGGAAGUCGCUUUCGUCUCAAGAAUGGUCGACGAGAGCCGAGAUAUGGCAGACUGCCACUGGUACACGUCGAUGCUAGGAAAGCUAUCGUCUGUGGUCGCUAUUGUGGACCAUCUUCGGCGACAUACUAUUGACAAUUAUGUUCUGACGGAGUUCGUCCAAGGUCAAACUCGUCGGUGGGCCGUCGGCUGGUCGUUCGGAAAUACGCGUUUACCUGAUUCCGUUGCCCGUAUUCCUCAUCCGAACGCUGUGCUUAGCAGUAUUCUGCCGCGGCGCAACACUACCGAGCAGACUUUUCAGCUCACUCCGUUACCCAUGGGCUCUCCAGAUGAGGAUGCUCAACCAGUGGCAGAGCAUAGAGUCCGGGAAUUGACGCGCCUCUACGCUGCUCUGCGUCAGACGCUCGAAGAAACUAGCGGACUGGAAGUCCACGCGUUCGAUGCUACUUCCCUCUGUGGCGGCUUCGAUGGAAAUCAUCCCGGUUCUGUUGGACGUGGUUUAUCUACGUGCAAGAUCCUGAUCGUAGACGCUGCCGCGAAUACCUGGUCUCGAGCGGCUCGCAGGAAGGCGCAGCAGGCGUCCCGUGUUGAAGAACCCGUGCUACCAGCUGCCG